AUGGAUGAUCCCAAGGCGAGGUCUCUGCUCUGCACUUCAGGCUUAAGACUCACGGGAUUGUCAGAGAUCGUACUGGAGAAGUUCGGGGGAGUCCAGACUCCCAACGCCCCUCAACCUUCUACGCAGCAGCCGCAGCAGCAUCAUCCGCAGCAGCAGCAGCAGCAACAACAUCAUCAGCAGCAGCAGCCGCAGCAGCACCAGCAGCAACAACAGCAGCAGCAGCAACAACAGCAACAGCAACAGCAACAGCAACAACAGCAACAGCAACAGCAACAACAGCAGCAGCAGCAGCAACAGCAACAGCAACAGCAGCAGCAGCAGGGCGGUAAACUGACAACAAAUGACGCGUUGGCGUAUCUGAAGGCUGUGAAGGAACGGUUUCGAGACGAGAAGGACAAAUACGAUGAGUUCCUGGAUGUCAUGAAGAACUUCAAGGCACAGCUGAUCGACACAGCAGGAGUGAUAGCGCGCGUGAAAGAGCUCUUUGUGGGGCACAGGCAGCUCAUUCUCGGCUUCAACACCUUCCUGCCCAAGGGCUACGAAAUCACCCUCCCCCCCGAACCCACAACUCCAGUCCCCGCCCCCGCGCCCGCACCUCCGCCUCAGCCUCGGUCCGCGCCUCCUGCGGUGGCUCGGCCGCCCAUCACCCCAUCCGGACCUGCAGGGCCCAUGCCGGUUGCUCCUGCUGGUGGGAUUCCCCUUGGGCCUGGAGCAACCAGUGCAGCACCUCCCCAUGCAGCAUUGGCAGUGCCGCAUGGGGGUGCUGGGGGUGGGACUGUAGCAGCCACGCGCACCCCGCCCCUCCCUGUAGCGCCAGUGGGAGCAGGCACAGGCGCAGGAGCAGGAGCAGGAGCAGCAGCAGGAGUGGGAGGAGCAGGAGCAGCAGCGGUUGCUCCUGGUGCAGGUCACGCUGGGGGAGGUGCACCUGCCGCCGCUGCUGUGGCUGUGCCUGGUAGUGGUGCUGCUGCUGUUGCUCCUAGUGCGGCCGGUGCUCCUGGCGGUGCUGGUGCUGGCGGUGCUGGUGCUGGCGCUGGUGCUGGUGCGGGUGCUCCUGCUGGUGCUGCUGCGGCUGGGCCUGCAGCAGCAGCGGGAGGAGCAGGAGGAGCAGCGGGGGCGGCAGUGGCGCCAGCUGCUCGGAGCAAGAUGGUGGAGUUUGACCAGGCUAUCAGCUAUGUCAAUAAGAUUAAGGCCCGCUUCGCGGACGACGAGUCGGUGUACAAGAGCUUUUUAGAGAUCCUCAACAUGUACCGCAAGGGUAACAACAACAUCGGAGACGUCUAUAAGGAGGUGGCCACGCUGUUCAAGGACCACUCGGACCUGCUAGAGGAGUUCACCUUCUUCCUGCCCGACUCUGCUGCCAGUCACUUACCCCAGUGGCGUGGGGUGGGCCCGCCCCCCCCUGGAACUGUUGCUGCUGGCGGUGGUGCUGCUGCAGGUGUUGCUGCUGCAGGGGCAGCAGCAGGCGCAGCAGGAGUGGCAGGGGCGGCAGUGGCAGCAGGAGCGCGGCCGGGUGCAGCAGCUGCUGGUACAGCUGGCGCUGCUCCUGGGGCUGCUGGUGCCGCUACAGCCGCUGCUGCCGCUGGUGGAGCUGCGGCUGGUGGCCGGGCAGAGAAGGCCAAGAGGGAGAAGGAUGGGGACCAUCCAGAGAGAAGGAGGAAGGGGGCAGAGGGGCGGGGCAAGGAGAAAGACGCCGAGGGCCGCGGGAAGGUGAAGGAGGAGGUAGAGGAAGACACAUCAGCACACCAUCCGAAGCGACUGCAGCAGCAGCAGCAUGUGGACUCCUCUCAUCCGCAUGUGCACCCCGCACACCAAGCAGCGGGGCUAGGAUUGGGAGGGGUGCAGCAGGCUGGGGAGGAGGGCUCUCACAGAAAGCAGCCUCUGCUGCUGGACCUGCAGAAACCCCCCCGAGACGCAGAGAUGCAGGUGGAGGAGAAACGGGUUGGGCUGGUGCCGCCACAGCUGCACCCGCAGCCGAUGCAGGUGGAUGGGACUGGGAAGGAGGGGCAUGGGGAGUGGGGGCAGCAGCAGCAGGAGGAGCGGGAGGGAGGGGCGCAUCCUGUGGUGCAGCCGCCGCAGCAGGCGCAGCAGGGGCCGAAGCGGAAGGGGCGGAAGGGGGAGGAGGGAGGGAAGAAGAAGGAGCUUGCGGGAGCGGCAGGGGAGGGUGCAGGAGCGGACGAGAGGAAAGGGAGCAGGGCCCUGGGCAUGCACAGGGAGUUGGCGUUUUUCGAGAGGGUGAAGGCGAGGGUGCGCAGCAGGGAGGUGUAUCAGGAGUUCCUCAAGUGCCUCAACAUCUUCUCCCAGGAGAUCAUCGCCCGCGCCGAGCUGCAGAGCCUCGUGGGGGACAUCCUCGCCAAACACCCCGACCUUGUCGAGGGCUUUAACGAGUUUCUGGCUCGAUGCGAAAAUCUAGCUGGGAAUGAAGGUGCUCAACGACGUGUGGUGUCUCCCCCAACCACCACUUCCUCUCCCUGUCGCCCCAUCCCUCCCCCUUGUCCCCCCCUUUUCCCCCCUAUGCUGCAGCAAAUGCGCCCCGUGUCGUGCCAUCGCAAGGAGCUGGGAAUGAAGGCGCUCAUUCACCAAAUGCGCCCCGUGUCGUGCCACCUCACGGAGUUGGGAAUGAAGGUGCUCAACGACGUGUGGGUGUCACAAAUGCGCCUUGUGUCGUGCCAUCGCACGGAGCUGGGAAUGAAGGUGCUCAACGACGUGUGGGUGUCCUCCACCUCUCUCCUCCCCUCUUACCCCUGCCUCCACCCCCCUUUCUUCCUCUUGCAGCAAAUGCGUCCCGUAUCGUGCCACCGCACGGAGCUGGGAAUGAAGGUGCUGAACGACGUGUGGGUGUCGGUGACGUCAGGCAGUGAGGACUACUCGUUCACGCACAUGCGCAAGAACCAGUACGAGGAGUCUCUCUUCCGCUGCGAGGACGACCGUUUCGAGCUGGACAUGCUGCUGGAGUCCACGGCAGUGACAGCACGGCGAGUGCAGGAGGUGAUCGACCGCAUGCACGGCAUGACUGACGCUGAGCGGAGUGGCUUCCGGGUGGAAGAGAGCCUCACAGCCAUCAACAUGCGGUGCAUCGAGCGCAUAUACGGCGACCACGGGCUGGACAUUCAAGAGCUGGUCAAGCGCACGCCAGCGGUGGCGCUGCCGGUGGUGCUGCAGCGGCUGAAGCAGAAGCAGGAGGAGUGGGUGCGGUGCCGGGUGGAGAUGAACCGCGUGUGGGCGGACGUGUAUGCCAAGAACUACGCCAAGUCGCUGGACCACCGCAGCUUCUACUUCAAGCAGCAGGACAAGAAGAGCCUCAGCAUGAAAGGUCUGCUGUCUGAAAUUCGGGAGCUGAACGAGCAGAAGCACAAGCAGGACGAGGUGGUGGCGGCACUAGCUGUCCCCACACGCCGCCCGCUCAUCCCGGAUGUCCGGAUGGCAUACAACGACGCCGCCAUCCACGAGGAUCUCCACGAAAUCAUUAAAUUCUCAACAGAGGAAGUGUGCAACUCGCCAGAGCAGUCUGCUAGGGUUAUGAAGCUCUGGACGGGUUUUAUUGAGAUGUUUUUGAAUGUGCCCGUGGUCUGGUCGAAAGUUGUUGCCGAGGAGAAAGCUGCCCGGGACGCGGAGAUUGCUGCCCGAGAAGCUGCGAGGGCUGCCCGGGGGGGGCGUGAGGGGGAGUGGAAUGGAGAGGCUGGUGGGGGAGAGGGGGAGGGGGAGGGGAGGGAGAGGAGUAGAGAGAAGGGCAGAGGAGGGGAGGAGAGGAAGCGGGAGAGGCAAAGUGGGGAGGCAGAGGGGCAGAGGAAGAGAGGGAGGCAUGAGGGGGAGGGUGAUGGGGCGGGGGGUAUUAGUGAGGGGCAGAGAUCAGGGGGUAGGGAGGCGGGGUGGGAUGGGCUGGAAGAGGGCGAAUUCAAUCCUGGGGGAAAGGCGUCAGAGGGAGCAGGAGGGGGAGAGGAAGAAGAGCCUCAUGUGGUGAGGAAGAGCAGAAGCAGCUUGGUGCACGUGGGUGGAGGGGGCGGGGGCGGAAAUGGGGGAGGAGCAGGGGCGGGAGGGAUGGUGAAUGGGGCAGCACUGGGGGGAGCAGCAGGGAAAGGCAAGGAUGCUAGUUCACGAGCUGCCGCUGCUGCUGCUGCUGCUGCUGCUUCGGCUGCUGCUGCUGCAGCAGCAGCAAAGAGGAGGAAGAGGGGGAGGAGGGAGAGGGAGGAGGGGGAGGAUGAGAGUGUGAGGUCGGAGGGGUCUAGUGCGGGCGAGUCUGAUAGUGGGGGCGAUGAGAGGAGGAGGCAGAGGCGGAGGAGGAGAGAGAGUGAGGGGCGUGAGGAUGAGGAGGGGAGAGGGGAGGAGGAGGAAGACGAGGAGGAGGCAGAGGAUAGGGAAAGCGGGGGGGAGAUGGGGGAGGAGGGUGGGGCGGGAGACGAGGAGGAGGAGGAUGAAGAGGAGGAGGAAGGGGCGAGGGGGUGGAUAUCGGGGCUGGGACCCAAGGAGAGGCGGUACAGAGGGGGGAAGAAGUGGGGGAAGCAUUGGUACAAGGCGUGUCGCCCUGUGGUGGCUCAUAGGGAUUCGUUUGAAGCAGCUCGUUUGGAGCUUCGUGGUAUACUAGCUGGUGGUAUACCACCCGCUGGUGUGCCUCUGCUGCUCCCUGCUGCUGCAGGAGAGGGUGUGGGGCGCAAAGGGGGGGAUAGUGGGAAUGGGAGGAGGGGAGAGAAUGGUGCUGGUGGGAUGGGAGAGGGCAGGAGGGUGAGGAAGGGGAAGGGGCGAGCAGAGGCAGGGGGAGACGAGGAGGGCAAGGAGGGGAGGGAGAGGGAGGAGAAGGAGGAGAGGGAGAAGGAGAGGGAGAGGGAACGAGAAAGAUGGUUGUCUGAGGAGCUGUGGGGAAGAGCGCAGGCAGAGGCAGGGGCGAGCAGAGUGAUGUAUGGCAACGACAGCAUGUACAUGCUCUUCCGAUUGCACCAUACGCUGUACGAGCGCAUUCUGAGUGCCAAGGUGAAUGCGCGUGCAUCAGAGGAGAAGUACCGUGCACUCAACCACUCCGACCCACCCGACCUCUACGCCAAGUUCCUGGAGGUGCUGUACAACCUGCUGGACGGGCAGAUCGACAACACGCGGUUUGAGGACGAGUGCCGUGCUGCCAUCGGCACCCAGUCCUACGUGCUGUUCACCAUUGAUAAGCUCAUCUACCGCCUCGUCAAGCAGCUGCAGACGUGUGCGGGGGACGAGGUGGGGGCGAAGCUGCAGCAGCUGCACGACUACGAGGUGGCCAAGGGGGCGCGCGGCUACGUGGACCUCGUUUACCAGGCCAACGCGUGUGCGCUCAUGCAUGACGACUCCCUCUAUAGGAUCGAGCUGCUAGCGCAACAGCCAGGCGAGGGCGAGAUGACGGUGCAGCUGAUGGAGGGCGGGCCGGAGAAGGUGGAGGUGCCGACAGCAGCCAUGGAGUCCGCCUUCCUGCACUACCUCUGGCACUUCCUGCACUCGCCUCCCUCCCACGCACCCGCGCGUGGUCAUGUGUUCCUCGCCAGGAACGUGAGAAAGGCAUCAUCGUCUUCAUCCUCAGCAGCAGCAGCAGCAGCAGCAGCAGCAGCAGCAAAGAGGGGGCGCAGCAAGGAGGACGAGGAGAGGGCAGCGCUGGAGAGUGUGCUUAUAGUGAACGGCCUCGAGUGCAAGCUCUCCUGUGUCACCUCCAAGGUGUCCUAUGUACUAGACACGGAGGACUAUCUGUUCCGCCACAAGAGGCACCGCCGGCCCAGGAGUGCUUCCCAGGCACCAGCGCUGCCGCACAAGGCCCAGGGGACAGCUGGCACGCAGGGAUUGGCCGAGCACUCGCACCGAGCGGCAAGGCGGUUACGGCGUUACCAGCAGUGGAUUUCGGCAGGCGUGCCCCCGCCCUCCUCAUGA